CAUCUGCCCGCCUGGUGCCCAACUGACGUCCCUUCCCAGCCCGAGCCCUGGGGACAGCGGCUGCAGGACUGCUGAGGGCCUGUGGCAGCAUGAAGGCUCCGAGUCGCCUCCUGCUCGUUGUCCUGUGCUCUUUGCUCGGCUCUGCCAUCUACAUCCUCCUCUGCUGCUGGACCUGCCUGCCCCCGUGCCGGGCCACCUGCCUGGACCGCCACCUCCCUGUGGACUCCAGCCCCACUGCGCCAGGGCCCCUGCGCUUCAGCGGGUACAGCAGCGUGCCUGAUGGGAAGGUGGGUCCGCCAGGCAGCAUGGCACCAGGGCGUCUGAGCCCAAGCCCUGUGAGGAAACAGCCCUUUGUAUGGAGCAUAGAUGCCUGGCUGCUCGAAGCCGUGACAAGGGGAAAUGGAGGUCCGUGGGACAGGGUGGCUGCUUUGGGAGAGACAGACACCACCAGAGCAGCAGACAUGCUGCGCAUGAACCAGGCGCCCACCGUGGGCUUCGAGGUGGACGUGGGCCGGCGCAGCACCCUGCGCGUGAUCUCGCACACCAGCGUGCCGCUGUUGCUGCGCAACUACUCGCACUACUUUCAGCAGGCCCGAGACACGCUCUACGUGGUGUGGGGCCAGGGCAGGCACAUGGACCGCGCGCUGGGCGGCCGCACCUACCGCACGCUGCUGCAGCUCACGCAGAUGUACCCGGGGCUGCAGGUCUACACCUUCACCGAGCGCAUGAUGGCCUACUGCGACCAGAUCUUCCAGGAUGAGACCGGCAAGAACCGGAGGCAGUCCGGGUCAUUUCUCAGCACCGGCUGGUUCACCAUGAUCCUUGCCCUGGAGCUGUGUGAGGAGAUCGUGGUGUACGGGAUGGUCAGCGACAGCUACUGCAGGGAGCGGAGCCACCCCUCGGUGCCUUACCACUACUUCGAGAAGGGCCGGCUGGACGAGUGCCAGAUGUACCUGGCACAUGAGCGGGCACCGCGCAGCGCCCAUCGCUUCAUCACGGAGAAGGCCGUGUUCUCGCGCUGGGCCAAGAAGAGGCCAAUCGUGUUCGCCCACCCGUCCUGGAGAGCCGAGUAGCCGCCACCUGACGCCUGCCGGCCACACACUUCCACCCGGCCGGCGUCCCAUCCCAGGCCACCACACUCCACUGAGAACGUUUAGUUUAUGCCUCCGCCUCCUGCCACACGCUGGGUGGAUUUCCGGCUCCUUCCUGCCCCACCCUGGGGACAGCCAGAGCCGUCUCCAGCCUUAGGCGUUGAGGGGGACGGAGGGGCGUCUUCUCCACUCCCACUCCCUGAGAAAUCAUGUCUUGAUUUGGGGGUUCAGCCCACCCACCACCAGGUCUCUCAAGUGGCCUUCGCCCUUGGGGCCAAUGGCCCCACUCACCAGCAUCACGACCUGUGCCAGUCCCCGUCCACCCCCUACUCCCUCUCCCUGCCUCUGGUGCCACCUUCUCAGGCUGGGGCCCUGGUCGGGGCAGCCAGGGGCCCAGGGUUUGUGGGGCCAGGGGCCUCUGAGCGUGACCAUCACGGCUGUCUCCGGAGCGUACGGGUAAACGCAUUUUCUGGACUGUCUGGAGUGGUCCUGUGUGCGGGGUGGGCACUGGGGCUUUCUGCAUAGGACAGGCCCUUCACCUAUUGACCGGAGGGCUGGCCAAGCCCUGUGCCCCUUCCCAGCAUGCGCCCCUCUGCCCUGCAGCCUUCCUGCCAGCCUCACAGCUGUGCUAGCCCGGGAGAUGGGCCGAGCCGGAUGCUUCUGGGACCCCUGCCCUGAACUCCGCAGGAACGGAGUCAGGCAGGGCCUUGUAGGAUGGGGUGGGAAGGGAGGGAAUUCCUCCACCCCACAUCACCUUGCAGGCCCAGGGCCAGAUUCCAAAGAACUUGGCAGUUAAAUGCCCUGUGACCUUGAGGUUGGUGCUUUAUAGAGAGGAAGGUGGAGGGCAACCUUGUGAGGAUAUUGCUGUCCCGGAAGUGAGGCCUACACUGGCCCUGGCUGAGGCCCAGACCUCAGGCCAGAGCUCUUCCAUCUCUGAGCUUCAUUUUCCUCACCUGUGAAAUGGAGGAGCCGUUCCACCACCCAACCACCAAUGUGGCCUCAGCCAUGGGAGGCUGAGUCAGGAGGAAUUGAACCUGCGAGCUGUGCCAAGGGCCUCAGCCUGCACGAAGGGGAAGAGCCCCCCACCCAGGAGGAGUCCACCCCUUCCCUCUGUAGUUGGGAGACCAACGUCAGAGCCUGGGCUUCUAGGUCUCAGCCUUGUCUGGGAAUCAUACGUGACCUGAGUUGGAUUUAGCUUCCUGCUCUGCAGGUAGCAACUUGAAAUGCUUCACCUUUUCCCCGCCGAGGAGCCAGACUUCAUGAAUGACAUGGUCAGUCGUGCUAAGGGCUCCGGUGACCUGGGGACACUCCCUCCUGCCCUGCCUUCUCAGGAGAGACCUAGCACUGCCCCAAAGCACUGCCCUUGCUCUCUGCCCAGUACCAGGUGGGCCCAGGAGGCAGAAGAGCCCCAACCGGGGGGAGCAAGGUGAUGGCUGAAUCCAGGCUGGCCCUGAACUUGCAGCAAUCCUCCUGCCUCAGCCUCCCGAGUGCUGGGAUUAGAGGUCACACCCGGCUGCAUGGUUGGCAUUUGGUCUGUAGGAGCCAUCAUUUUAGAUGGGAUCACCCUCUUCAGCUGGCCCUCCCCUGGCUUGAUGGUGGGCAGCAGGCUCUCUGCUCUCAAGUCUCCCUGCUCGUGACCUCCCCCUGGGUGUCCAAGGGCCCAGAAACCGCAGCCCUGAGAGAUUUGAAUGCCCUCCCUGGAGGUGGCCACUUCCUCCAUCCUCCAGCAAAUGCUGGCCCAGCCCUUGGACCCAGGAUACAGAGCCUCCUCUGUCCUGGCCCUGCCCCGGGGUGCGGUGUUUACUGCUGGGUGGCACAAACAGUCGUCUUUCUGGGGUGGCAACCUUCAGGGAGGAACCCACCAACCACUUCCUCCAGGCGCAGAGAUGCUCCCUGGCAGCUCUGGCAGCUGCUUCGGGCUCUGGCGGUGAAGCUGAGUGGGCUCCCCACUUUGUGGCUGCCAGAAGGUAAGCGGUGGGUAGGGGUCACCCCACAUCCCUGAGGAGGAGGAGGAGCGGGGCACCCCUGAGUGCAGCCACCCCGGGGCCUGCUUUCCUGCCCACACGCUGGUCCUUUCCCCCCCAUGGACUCUCGAGGCCCACCUGCGCCCCGAGUCCCAGCGGUCCCUUGUUCAGAGUGGCAGCGUCAUCUCUGCAGACGGGGCCGGGACACUGGGCGUCCUGACUGUGGUGAACUCAGCCCAAGGCUGCCCGUGUUAGGGCGGAACCCUCAUGAGGUCUGGGAGCAGCGUUUAUGGGGCCCCUUGUGACCCGGCCCCCACCUCUCUUCCCCAGACACCCCUUCUGCGGGCUCCUUCUGGGCUCUGAAGAGUCCCCAGGCCUGGUUCCUAGCCAGGUAUGUGAGGCCCCAGGGGGAGCCUUGGCUUUGGCCUCAGAUUGGGAGCUGGGUGGUAGACGAGCUCUCUUAGGGCUCUUUCUGGGACCUUGUGGGAGGGGAAAUUGAUCAAGAGCACAGAGAAGUUUGCUAAGGGGCCGGGGGCAUAGCUCCAUGGUAGAGCACCUGCUAGUGUACCCGGGACCCUGGGUUCCAGACGCAGCAUCCAUACAACUUACACCUUUGCUAAGGACAGACAGUGUGGGUGUGGGUCACAUGCAGCACCCCUGCUACCGGGGCAGGACGGGCUCAAGCAAUGUGGGCCCCUGCAGGCCAUGGUGUGGGCCUGGAGGGGAGCCCUGGCACCGGCAGGUCAGCAAGGGCCACCAGGGCUGCCAAGGCCCCCAUCCGCCCAGUGUCUCUGUCGGGGCUGGCCAAGCUCCCAGGCUUGGAGUAUUGACCUGAGCCUCAGUUUCCCCUGGAAAGUUGGGAUAACAGUGGCAUGGGUUAUUUCAUGGAUUCCAUGGGGUGUGUUCACAGUGCUGGUGCAGAAGAGGGCAGCCAAUGUGGAGCUCCCGGUCCUCACUAUUGGGGUGCAGGCUCCCCCUCCCAGGGCCCCCAAGGGAAGCCAGCCCUGAGCAGAGCCUACUGCAGGUGCCCUGGGCCCAGGAACGUCACAGGCCUGGGGGGGUCAUGCCAGGUCCCACUGUGGUCCUGAGGCUGAGCUGAGGCACCCUUUCUCACUUUUGGGUUCCAUGGCUUGGAGUGGGGAGAAGGGCUGGAGACAGGAUGCUUCUACCUUAGACGCAGCCUCUGACGUGCGCCCCUUGGAGAGGGUCAUCAGGGCUCCCCUGACUGCCGCCCCCCCAUAAGUGGGGUGGGGUGGGACAUAGGGUGGCCACCAGCACCUGGGCGGGACUGGGCUGAGGGUCAGAAAGUGGUGACCCAAGACACUGGGCAGGCAGGAAGCGUGUGCCCACUCCUCCCUCGGGGAGGCCCAUUUCCUUCCUAAUGGCGGGUGCUUUUACAGCUCCAAGGGUGGACCUUGCCCCACAGCCCCUUCACUGAUGUUUGUUUUGAUUAAAAACAGAACAUUGCUAAUGUAUCAAAUUAGUACAGUGCAAACAUCAUAGAAGUUUAUAAAGCUUUAAAAAGUUUAUAGGAGGGGCCGGAGAUUUAGCUCAGUGGUUCUGCCACCUGUCUGGCAAGCUCAAGGUCCUGAAUUCAAUCCCCAGUACCAAAAAAAAAAAAAGUUUAUAAAGUAAAGAUAGCCCCAGCCCUCCUGCCCCACCGCUGCCCUGCAGGGACACCAUGGCCGGUAGUCCCUGUGGCUUCAUCCUGACAUUUACAUAUGCACUUACACAUACAGUGAUGUGCUAUGCGUAAGUGACUUAGUAAAAAAGAAAAGCCAGGUGUGGUGGUGGGGAGGGAGGAGGAUCACUGUGAGUUUGAGGUCAGGCUAGACUACACAGCGAGACCCUGUCUCAAAAACAAAAGUGAAAAAAUAAAAACCAAGCAAGGCCGGGAUGCAGAUAGUGGUACAGAUCGUUAUUCUUGACUUCUGCUUUUAAAACUUUAUCUUUUUUGGUACCAAGGAUCGAACUCUGCACCUUGCACUUCCGAGGCAGGC